AUGAUGCUUUGUUUGCAGUGGCUGGGAAGUUCAAAUUCAGGAGGUCGUGACGACUGCGAGACAGAAGCGAUUUCGCUCGACAGCUGCGCAAGCGUUUUGGAGCCAUCCCAUCUUGAAAGCGUUUAUCCAACUCCUAUGGCUUCCACUUCUGCUGCAUCUGAAUUUUACAACGUUGACAUUAAUGACACGCGUUUGUGUGUUUUGAAGCGGUAUCAGAAUUUAAGGAUAAUCGGGUCUGGUGCACAGGGUGUUGUAUGUGCUGCACAUGACACGCUUCGUGAUGAGCAAGUCGCUAUUAAGAAAUUGAGUCGUCCGUUCCAAAAUGUGACGCAUGCUAAACGAGCUUACAGAGAGUUCAAAUUGAUGAAUCUUGUUAACCAUAAAAAUAUAAUUGGAUUAUUGAAUGCGUUUACACCUCAGAAAACACUUGAUGAAUUUUCCGAUUUGUAUAUAGUAAUGGAACUUAUGGAUGCUAAUUUAUGUCAAGUAAUACAAAUGGAUUUGGAUCAUGAAAGGAUGUCCUAUUUGUUAUAUCAAAUGUUAUGUGGUAUCAGACACUUGCAUGCUGCUGGUAUCAUACACCGGGAUCUCAAACCGAGCAAUAUUGUUGUUAAAAGUGACUGUAGUUUGAAAAUAUUGGAUUUUGGUUUAGCACGAAGUGCUGGUGAUUCAUUUAUGAUGACGCCAUACGUUGUAACACGUUACUAUCGUGCACCUGAAGUCAUAUUAGGAAUGGGAUACAAAGAUAAUGUUGAUGUUUGGUCAACGGGCUGUAUAUUCGGCGAAAUGAUUCAUGGUAGUGUAUUGUUCCCGGGCAGCGAUCAUAUUGACCAAUGGACCAAAAUUAUUGAACAUCUUGGUACUCCUUCACCGAUGUUUAUGCGUCGCUUGCAAUCAACUGUCCGAAAUUAUGUGGAAAACCGGCCCCAUUUCCCUGUUGAUAUAUGGUCGAUUGGCUGUAUUUUUGGUGAACUAAUCCGUGGUCGAGUUCUUUUCCCUGGUACGGAUCAUAUUGAUCAGUGGUCAAAAAUUAUUGAGCAGUUGGGAACACCCGGACGAGAUUUUAUGCAGAAAUUGCAAGCAACUGUGAGGAGCUAUGUGGAGAACCGCCCUAGGCAUCCCGGUCUUCCAUUUGAGAUUCUCUUUAGUGAUAAUAUAUUCCCAAAGCCGGCAACCAACAACGCACUUUGCCCAGCGCAAGCACGCGAUUUGCUAUCGAAAAUGCUAGUGAUCGAUCCCGAAAAACGCAUAUCAGUUGAUGAGGCUCUGAAACAUCCCUAUGUUUACGUAUGGUUCGACGAAGCUGAAGUCUAUGCUCCACCGCCGGAACAAUACAAUCACAGUAUUGACUCAAGAGAUCAUACAGUUGAACAGUGGAAAGGUGAGAUGUUCGAAUUUGUAUGUUAG